AUGCUCCGUACCAAUGUUUCAAAUCGAAAUGUUGAGGGUGCCCUAGAUUUUAAGAUCAAAUUAGCAAGAAUAUUGGAAGAAGAAAAGUAUGGACCCAGUCAAAUAUUCAAUGCCGACGAAACUGGUCUCAAUUUCAAAAUGUUGCCGGGUAAAACGCUUGCAGUACGAAAAAAUCAUGGAGCAGCAGGUUUUAAAAAAAAUAAGGAACGGUUGACAAUAAUGGCCUGUACCAAUGCCGAUGCUUCUCUCAUAUUACCACUGGUUGUUAUUGGCAAAUCCAAGAAUCCACGGGCACUUAAAAAUAUUUCUCAUGACUCCUUACCUGUCAUUUACACUCACCAAACAAGUGCUUGGAUGAACUCCACAAUUUUCGAGGCUUGGUUUAGAAAUAAAUUUGCUCCGCAAGUUAGGGCAUUUUUAUUGUCAAAAAAUUUAUUACCUAAAGCCAUUCUCCUCGUUGAUAAUGCUGGAUGCCACCCAAAAGAUCUCGUCGAUGGACAAAUCCGAGUAGUAUUUCUCCCACCUAAUACUACCUCUAUAAUUCAACCCUUGGAUCAAGGUAUCAUCGAAAACUUGAAGAAAAAUUAUCGAUACCAUUUCCUAUCUGCAAUCAUCAAAGCUCAAGACACAACAGGGACAUUGAUAGACCACAUCAAGAAAAUUACAAUUAGAGCGGUAAUCCAAUGGGUAGCUCAAAGUUGGGACGAAGUCUCACAAUUGACCAUCAUCAAAUGCUGGAAGCCACUGAUACCAUUAGUAAUUUUCAAAGAGCUUCAGAAGAAUGAACCCCAACAAACAAUACUUCUGCAACACUUCAUCAAUGCGUUCCUGUUGCUCCAAAAUUCGACAGGUCUCACAGAAAAUGAUAUCGAAGAAUGGAUUAAUAACGCUGACAAAGAAAAACCUAAGAACUUAUCCGACGAGGAAAUUGUUGAUAUGCUUCACAUCCAUACUUCCAAUGAAACUGCUGCGAAAUUCUUUCCCAUCGAACUUCUACCUAAUGAAUCGGGAGGAAAGGCUGGUUCUUUGAUGGAACUUCAUGCUAAGAACAUUAAAAGACUUGAAGCAAAUCGUGAUUGGUUCCUGGAAGAUGAACAGACUAUGCGAGUCAACGAGGCGCUGCGCCCAGGGAAGCAAAAAACUGCUACCGAUUUGUUCGGAGUGGAGGGGAGCUUUAAAAAGAAUCCACUGGUACAAUUGGAAGAGGAAAAGCGCAAACACGACAAUAAAAAGAAGAACAAAUUGAGGCGGAGAUGGAGCAGGAUCGGACUGCCUCGGGGUUAUCUCAGGCAUAUGAGAAGUGCUCAUGCUGACAGGAACAGUGACACCAGGAAGUUGAUGCUGGAGAAGACGAGGAAACUUUUGCAAAGGAUGAUUGAAAAAAUUGAUUUGGAUAAAGCUGCUGAUGAAAAGUGGUAA